AUGAAGGCUGCAGAUCCUGGCUUCGAACAUUCUCGCUUGCCAUUUCUGCUGGCAAAAGGCCAAUCUGUCCAAGACUAUCUGGUGGCCCAUCAAGAUCGCAGCAAAAAUGCCCAUGCCAAGAGCAUCAGGGCUGCCUUCGUGUCAUGGUCCGAAGAUCUCCAUUCAGAUCAAGCUCAAUUCAUGGCAGAAAAGCUCAAGGCUGAGAAGGAGAGUUCCAAGAUUCGAUCCAACUUGAUCCGGCAGUUGGAGGAGAUACUUCAGGGCAAAGUUGACUGCCACCAACGUGCUUGGUCUGUGGUAGACAGUUUCCUGAAGACAACCAUGACGAUCUUUGGGGGGAAAAUUGGGGAAGCCGAAUCGACGCUGAUGCCAGAGGUUCGUUCAUGGGUCAGGUCGAUGACUCAGGAACUGGGACCGUCGCCGGAUGGGACUGCCGUUAUCCUCAUCAUCAACCUUCCUGGGAUGGGAAUCCUGGGGGCUUCUGCCAAAUCCUUUUUGCUUUCGUUUGUGACGAAUAUGUUGGCAGACUUUCCAGAAAACAGCGUCGCCCUCUUGGUUCAUUCGAACCGUGCCAGCCAGCAAGAGGGGAGGAAGGACCUCGGCAUGAAGGAGCGUGGGCUACGAAUUCGCCCUCUCACGUGGGUGUUUGACCCGGAUUCAAUCUAUGGCAAGCGCGAUGGAACGAUUCAGGGCUUGGCAAUGGUGCGGAAGGGUGCUCGAUCACUGUUUCACAACACAAAGGGGUGGAAGCAGGGAUGUGUCCAUGGCGUGAAAAUGGUCAGCCGCCAAGACAUGUUCAAACCAGACACACCCGGCCGAUCUUCGAGCUUUCCCCACCUGGGCCGUGCAUUCACUGAUGUGCAGGAGAUGAAACAAGCUGCUGCUGGCACAGACUUUGUUCGAAAAACCAUCGAAUCGUUUUUGCCAGCAACGGCAAAGUCAGUGGUUUUGGUGGAUGUGAUGGCCUACGAUGGCGCGCCUGCUCUUGCAGCUCUGGAAGAGCACAGUGAUGGGAGGCCAAUCGCAUGCGGGACCAUUGCCAUUGACAAUUCGGGCCAGGAGUUGUUGAACCGCAUUGCAAACACCACAUACGAAAGAUGCCGCAAUGGCAGCCUGACGUUGCCAGCGUUUCCAAAUUUCGAGCCCCACAUUCAGGCACUGAAGAACCAUGCCCCUGUUGCCGAGAACAAAACGUACAAAGUGACAUCCCAGGUACAUGAUCGCCUUGUCAUUUUGGAAGCUUUGGCUUCUAAGUGGCUUGGGGAGGAGUCUACAUCUGAUGAAGCCAAGGCUAUGAUCGAUGCCCAUAACAAAGAGUACAAUCCCACUGGUGACAUGCUGUCUGAAAGCAGGGCGGAUGAUUGCGAGGUGCAAGAACCUCCGGCCAAAAAGAUCAAGGUUGAGAAGUAUGAUGGGGAAGAUCUGAGCAAACUACCCAAGCAGAACCUGCUCUCAAUCAACAAUACCUGCGACUUGGUGGUUGGUGGGGAAGAGGGUGGUGACUUCCUGUACAUCGUGUCUCGUGGAACGAACCAGUUCUUCGACAAGCGGGAGCUGCCACCUGAAUGUGCUGAUGCUACAUCAGACCCUGACGGACGCUGGUUCUCUUUCUCGGUGACUGACCAGACAUUCGUGAUCAUGGAGAGCAAACAGUGUCCGGAACAUGUUCGGGGUAUUGAGAACAUGGACAAGCCAGCGACACUGGUUAGCAUCAUGUCGGACUUGGAGGAUCAUGGUGAGGUGAAGCUGGAAGUCAGCCAUCACCAAAAGGUGGAUGGUGGGUGGAAAACUACGAAGCCCAUUUGCUUUGUUCUAGAUGAACUACAAGCCGAGAAGAAGAAGCCCAAGAAGGCCAAGAAAGCCGGCGUCACAUCCAAAAACUUUGGUGCCUACAUCAACAUCUCCAAACUGAAGUCUGUGCCUUCGGUCGUGUUGGCAUGGAGAUGCAGGAGUCUCGCCUCAAACACAAAUGAUGUGUAUGUGCCACAACUCAGCAGUUAA